AUGAACAAUCACUGCUUUAAAUUAGGCUGUAAAAAUCAAGUAUACGGUAAAUGUGAAUGCCAAGGGAAAACUCUAUUCUGCUAUGAGCACCUUGCUGAGCAUGUAGAGUCCUUAAGUCCAAGUCCAAGAGGGCAUCAGUGCAUAAGAAACUAUUUUAAGCCAUCGCCAGAACUUAAAAAUCCAGUUAUUCAAAAAAUUUUAGAAAUUUCUAGCGAUUUAAAGCUUUUUCGAAAUCUGAUGGUGCAGAAUUCCUUUGAGAUUAUCACGAACGUCAAAAAGCACUUAUACUUAAAUAGUUUAAAGAUUCAAAGUAUAAAAAUUACAAUAAAAAAUUAGUUUCCAUAAAUAUAAAAUAGUUUAUUGUUAACUUAAAUAUGCUAUAAAUAAUUCAAAUAAACAAAGCAUAGAUAUGUUUAUGAAGGAAAUAAAUAAAAUAGAACUAAAGUGCAAAAGAAUGGUGGAAAUAUUGCUAAAAGGGGAGGAAACCCUAGAUAUUUUUUCUGAAAAUGAUAUAGAAAAUAUAUUAAAACUUGAUAUACAACAGGCUCAACAAAAGUUAUUAGGGUGAAAUAAAAAUCUACAAAUAAAUAAUAAUGGAAUCAUAGAUUCAAUCAAUAAAUUUUUUGAAACACCUUGAAAUCCUUUCAGAAAGCAAGUAAAAGAUGUUGUCGAAUCUAAAGAUUUAUCAUUUUUUAAGCAUAAAACAAAAGAUUUUAUCACAGUAAAUCUUGAAAAUUUUCAGAUGACAACUAUAACUUUAGAUUUGCCACAAGUAAUUACUGGGCACGAUAAUAACUUUUUUAUGCUUCCUGAUAGAAGUUAUUUUUACUCUUUAAAUAGAAAAAGCUCUGGCCUUACUUUCAUUAUAGAUCAGAAUAGAAAAAUUAAAAAAUUAACUGAAGCCAAAAUAAAUUAUCAUGCUGACCUAAUUAUUAUAGAAAACUCUGUUUAUUUAAUUGGAGGGAGAAAUAAUUUAGCAGAAAAAUAUGACAUGGGAAGCAAUAAAUGAGAAAGAUUGGCCUCUUUUUGCCAAGUAACUUGAAUUUUGAUAUAA